UUCUUUAGUGUAACUGAGUGCAGCGUAACUUGGAAAAGUAGAACUAGCUGGUCCCAUUGUUGCGGUAAUAGUUGGUCGCGGUUGUGGUGCAGUUACAUACUUUAAAGCAGACGCUUCGCAGACAGAAUAUCGAAUUUUUUUAAAAACUGGAAAGUGAUAAGAAGCUGCAUACUGGUUGUGAAACAUAUGUUAUUUUCAUAGAAUGUCUGAAUCCAAAGUGUCGCCUCGAAAGAAGAAAAGAAAUUUUCUAAAUAAAAUUGUACACUCUUUCAGAAAAAAAUUCGGCGACGAAGAUAAUGAAAAAGAUCAAUUUCAUGCUAAAUACAGAAAUAAGGAAGGUGACAUCAAUUAUUCAGAAGAAGCCUCGGGUUCGAAAAGAUCUGAAAAUUGCGCUGACUUCGAUCAAGGAAAUCGAGAACCUAUGAAUACAAUAAAUAUAAUCGAUACGGAAUCUGAUAAAAAUAUGACACUUGAAAUUUCUGAUAGAAAUGAAAGUCCAGUUUGUACCUCUAAACUGGGUCUUAAAUUAGAUUUAAAAAAAUUUGAUGCUGAUGAUAAAUCUGCGAGUAAAACUAGAAAGUUUAUUAUGAAAGAGGCCAAGAGGGUUAAUGAUAGUAGCGAUGAUAGUGAUUAUUCUAUAACAGAUUUUGAUGAUUUGAGUGACGACUGUGAGCGUUUGAUAGAUGUUGAAAAAGGAGAACAUAAUUUGAAAGAUGAUUAUUUCACGAAAGGGAAAUAUUUGUCAUAUUUCUUUUUGCAAAUGGAAAAAAUGAAUUAUAAUCCUAACGAGGUUUAUGCUCUUAUUCAGUAUUAUGACUCUGAGAAUCCUAGAACUCCAGAUAAAAAAGAUCACUCAUCGUCUGGCUCAACUUCUCCAAACAUCCCAGCGAAUCUCAGAAAAAAAAUUCUACACCGUAGAUCGGUGGACAAUUUGGUUGUGAAAUCACCCACUAAUUCGAUGAGACAUUCUAGUCCAGAAUCAAUUAAAAGUGCUCCGCUUCAACAUAAGCCGAGGUCCACUUCACACGACGCUUUAACAGGAUCUAAAGCUCGUCGUCUAACUCAAAAUGAUGGAGCUUCCAUGGAUAGUCUUGCAAAACAGGCUUUGUUGGCUGCUCAAGUUCUCAACUUGAUUCCAACUCAAAAAGCCAGAGAAAGAAAUUAUUUGCAUGGAAGAGUCGCAGCCAAUUCUCUGUUAGGGCCCGUGGAAUUGGAAAAGGUGCUACCGAAUAGGGAAAUUAAAAUUUUUAUUGGCACCUGGAACAUGAAUGGUCAGACCCCGCCGAAGGAAUUGAACGAUUUCAUGUUACCGCCGGAUAUCGAAACGGUUCCGGAUAUGCUUGUCAUUGGAACCCAAGAAUCUUGUUCAGAAAAAAGCGAAUGGGAGGCUGCUUUGCAGGAAACUUUGGGACCAUCGCACGUUUUGUUAACAAGUGCAGGUCUUGGAACACUGCAUCUCGCUCUUUUCCUCCGCAGAGACUUGAUUUGGUUUUGCUCGAUUCCGGAAGAGGAUAGCUUUUCAACAAGGACCGGAAGCGCCUUUCGAACCAAAGGAGCCGUUGCUCUGGCCUUGAUUAUUUUUGGGACUAGUUUCCUUUUUGUUACUUCACAUUUAACCGCCCAUCAGGAUAAAGUCAAGGAGAGGAUUCACGAUAUCAAGAGGAUCGUUCGAAAUCUUGAUCUGCCCAAGGAUCUUCCUACCAGGCACAAGAGUAAAGACGUGACGCAGAAUUUUGACUGUGUCUUUUGGUGUGGCGAUUUAAACUUUCGACUUUCCCAGCCGCGAGAAGAGGUGAUUCAGUGGAUCACAGAUACAAGAUUUCCACGACAAAGUCCCGUUAAUUUGCAGAAGGAUCAGUUGCGGACAAUUUUGAAUGACGGCUCGGUUUUUCGGGGAUUUCAAGAAGCACCAAUUACUUUUCCGCCAACUUACAAAUACGACCCGGGCACGCAGAAUUUCGAUUCGAGCAAUAAGCAGAGGACACCCGCCUACACGGAUCGAAUUCUUUUUAAGGGAAAAGCGCACACGAGAGGAUAUAUCAGAAGACUGAGCCACGAAAGCACCGGGACGCAAAAAGACGGAGCGAUUGAGUGCUUAAUUUAUGAUUCCGUUCCGAGCAUCUGCACGUCGGAUCACAAACCCGUUUGGGGAGUCUUCAAGACCACAGUUCGUCCUGGAAUUGAUACAAUUCCCUUGGCAGCUGGACUCUUCAACCGAGAAAUUUAUUUGGAAGGUAUUCGAAGAAGAGCAGCGGCUUGGGAUGAUCCUCGAGGCACUUCAAAAGUCUGCUCCAUCCAGUGAUAUACUUUCAUGACAUUCCGGGACUUGUCAAGUAUAUUUUCUGCAUUAUUCUAUUUAUUAAUCUUCCUGUGCUAAUCCACGAGAGUGCAGUAUUCUGCAAAUACGUCAAAACUCUGCAGAAACUCGUGCAAUCCUAAAAAAAAAGAGCACUAUUGAUUUUGCUGAAAUCAUAAAGCUCGCGAAUGCAAAAUAGCCUCAGGCCUUUUCCCAGUUUAUAUCUUACUUUCGCUAUCGAUUUCUGAACAUUUUUUUUAAUCGCAAUUUUUGCAGACUUAAUCUUCGUUGUGCACUAGGUUUUACUGAAAGAUAAUUUAAUUUUUUUGAGAAAAAUAAUGCUUAGUCCUACUUUAAUUCAACAGGCACACGGCUUUUGGAAAAGCCUUAGACUCGUUUUAUGUUUAGUUUUAGGAAUUUAUAAGAAAAUGUGUUAAUCACGCGUGAAAAAGGGUUGGGUAGAAAAAAAUCACUGGUGAUAAGAGAUAUUAAACUCCAGAUAUAUAAACAGGUUCUAAAAUAUUUAGGCCUCAAUUUGAUAAUUUUUCCAGAACUCUCUAAGAUUUGUGUGAAAAAAAUAUUUCUACAAAAUGUUGUAAUUCCCAACCCUGAAUGUAAUAGGGUGGUCGAAAAAAGACUUUAUUUUGUUUUAUCAAUUCUGACACCCAUAAAAAGUGUUUCUUUUGAUCUCUUAAUGACGCCUGAUUUUUGACAUAAUUAACAAAAUCCAUUAGCAGUGAUUAAUUAAAUAAAACAAGCAUUUUAUUUUUGAAAAUCGACCCGGGGAAGUCCUAAAUAUAUAUAUUUGGUUUAGUUCUGCCGAAAAUCGGGAGUUAUUUUCACACCGAAAGGAACGCUUUCUAGGGGAAAAGUUUAAGAAAAAAUUUAUUUUUUAUUUUUGACCACUCUAAUGUGUAAAUACAAAAAAUGCACGAUACGUGUUCGACGUUAGCACAAUUUUAAAAAGUUUUUUGAAUUUUGUUUUUACUCAAUGAAAAGCAAACCACUUUGGGAAGCUCUAAGAAAACGUAUCGCAUGAAUCUAGUCAAUGAAGAAGAAUUAAUUAAAUACAACUGUGAUGCAUACGUGACUCGUGAUAAGUUUUUUAUUGCAAUUAAAUUUGGAUGAAAGAUCGCUGAUUUAAUCAGUAUUUAAUUUUAGUAAAUGUGAAAGAUGUAAGAAUGAGGUUUCUUCAAAUAGAACUGAAGAUUCGAAAAUAGUGUAAGCACAACAGUAUUGAUACCUAUUAUUUAAAUUUUUUAAAGGCUGGCUGGUUCAGCAAAAAAUUGUAUGAGGAAAUAAAAGGCGAAAUGAAAAAAAAA